AGUGGCUUGUUUACAUCUGUAAAAGAUUCUGCGGGAUACUACAGACGCAUCUCCAGCGCUUCUAUUAAAACAAUAGAAAACUGAUAUUUAUCUCUAUAUAAAUAUAAGUAUUUUAUUACCGACAACAUCCGAAGUAGCCGUGACACGCGUCUGUGCGCGUGUGCUGGACUGAUAAAGGGAAACACAUUUGCAAUGUCAUUUAUAUUUGACUGGAUCUACAGAGGGUUUAGUGGAGUACUGCAGUUUUUAGGUUUAUAUAAGAAAUCUGGGAAGUUGGUUUUUCUUGGUUUGGACAAUGCUGGAAAAACAACUUUACUGCACAUGCUGAAAGACGACAGAUUGGGACAACAUGUGCCGACAUUACAUCCCACGUCGGAAGAGUUGACCAUCGCUGGAAUGACAUUCACAACAUUUGAUCUGGGUGGUCACGUACAAGCGCGGAGAGUGUGGAAGAACUAUCUUCCUGCCAUUAACGCCGUGGUCUUUCUCGUGGAUUGUGCCGAUCACGAGCGUCUGGCGGAAUCAAAGGUGGAGCUUGAUGCAUUGCUGUCAGAUGAGACGAUCUGCAGUGUGCCGGUGCUGGUGUUGGGGAAUAAGAUCGACCGUCCGGAGGCCGUGAGUGAGAUGAGACUACGAGAGGUUUUCUCUCUGGAUGGACAGACCACGGGGAAGGGUAACGUGUCCUUAAAGGAGCUGAACGUUCGGCCGCUGGAGGUGUUCAUGUGCAGCGUUCUGAAGAAACAGGGUUAUGGAGAAGGUUUCCGAUGGCUCUCACAAUAUAUUGACUGAUUAUAGACACCAAUCAGAUCGAAUCUCUCCUCACAGAUCCAUCAUGAAUUUAUGCUGCAUAAAUGUUGUGUCGGAAUUACUGUAAUUACCAGAUGGCGACUCAGCUGUUCACGUCCUCGGAAGUUAUUUGUUCUUCAUAGAAUUCUGAGUUUAAAACGUGUAAUUACGAGUUCAACGACGACGUGAUCUUAAUUACAGUUAUUCCGGCAAUUAUUUCUGUUCUCAGUGAUUAUCAGCCCUUGAAAGCAAUAAUAGAUUGUUCCUUGUGUUACUUGUUGGUUGUCGUAUUCAUUUGUUAAUUUUUUCAUCUUCUGUAGGAAAGUUCUGCAUUAUAAUAUCAGAUGAACUCAAAACACCUGAUCUGAGAUAUACAGUAUGUCAUAAUGUAUUCUAGUGUACAGUGCAUCAAUUGCUGUAGAUAAUGUUUACGUCUGUGUAUGUAAUCAUAUGCUGAUUAUCUUACAUUAUAGUUAAAUGUUCUGAUACUGUUGGUAUUUUUUGAUUAUCAGAUAACUAGUCUGAUAUGAGAACACCUGCAGAGAUAUACAUUUCUGUGUUUCCUAUAUAAUACAGAUGUUUUUGCAGAUGUAAAUAUUGUAUAACGGAGUAUAAGUGUGUUUUUAUUGUUCAUAGCCUUGAUUUAAGUGUACAGGAAUCAACAAUACCAGACUGUGAAAACAUAAAAAUCAUUUUGAAGAAUGUUGUUGCAGUUUCUUCUGUUUCUUUGACUUAAUAUUUCGAUAUUCAGUUGCAGUUUUUACAGUUUCUGGGGUAUUUUGCUGAUUGUAUUAGAAAGUUCAGAAACAGUAACGUUUUAUAAUUCACUUAGCAUCUUUUGUUGUUCACCCAAGAAUAAAAAUAGUCAUCAUUUACUCACCCUCAUGUCAUUCCAAAACUGUAUUCAUGCUGCUCUUUUCCAUAUAGUGAUAACAGAAGUGGUCAAGCUACAAAUAUGACAAAAAAAGCACCAUAAAUCUACUGUGAAAUGCGAUUAAAACACAAUAAAAUAAAACCUUAUGUCUUUUAUUAA